AUGCUGCGACCGAUCUAUGGCUACGAGCUCUGUCCCCAACGCGAAAUGAAUACACUAGAGUACCUUCAGGAGAAGCUUCAACAAGAGAUCCGAGAGGAGCUAGAGCAGCCACGCCUGAAUGAACUGGUAAGUAAAUUGAUGUAUCAGUUUAGGCACCUUCAUGGCUCAGUGAAGUCGAAGGAGGAGUGGAUACGGCAUGCAGUGCAAUCGAAGAAAGAGCGGCUAAGAGACGCAGUGCAAUCGGAGAAGAAACACAUAGAGAAAGAUGUGCGGGGCUGA